GUGCACAGCCAGCCUCUUUACAUUACAUCUGCCUGUCAGGGUUGGCUAUUUAAGCUGUCAUGCCCUUGGUAUUGCUCUUUGUCUGCCUGUGAAUAAAGUGCAGCAUUGUGAUUACUAAUCCCACUCCAGUGACUUGACUUUAAAUGUGGUUUUGGAGCGGAUCCCGGAGUUCUGUUUGCUAAGCUUCCUACUCCUGUUUCAGAGACACCACUGGAGAUCUAUGAGAGAGAGCACUGCAGACUGCCCUCCUCCUGCAGACCUGUCGCCUUUUUCUCACCCCCCUCCCGCCUUUUUUUUUUUUUCCCCAAAACUUUUUGAAGGAAAUCAAUGGAUACCAAAGUGAUCUGUUUAUUUUUCUUUUUUUCUUUGCCUCCGCUGACAGUGGGAAAUCACACUGGUCGCAUCAAGGUGGUCUUUACACCCAGCAUCUGUAAAGUGACUUGUACCAAAGGCAACUGUCAGAACAACUGUGAGAAGGGAAAUACCACCACCCUCAUUAGUGAAAAUGGCCAUGCUGCUGACACUCUGACAGCCACUAACUUCCGAGUAGUUAUUUGCCACCUUCCAUGCAUGAAUGGAGGCCAGUGCAGUUCUAGAGAUAAAUGCCAGUGCCCUCCUAAUUACACUGGUAAACUUUGUCAGAUCCCUGUGCAGACUGCCAAUACUCCAAAACUGUACCAUCACCCACAACAGGUGAACAAGGCUGUAGGAUCACAAAUUAUCCACUCUACUCAUACUUUACCACUGACGAUGUCAGGACAGCAAGGUGUAAAAGUGAAGUUCCCUCCUAACAUAGUGAAUAUCCAUGUGAAACAUCCCCCUGAAGCCUCAGUUCAGAUCCAUCAAGUUUCAAGAGUUGACAGCACAUCAACAGGACAAAAAGCAAAAGUACCUCAGCCAGGACAUCCACAGGUCUCUUACCAAGGUCUUCCGUAUCAGAAGACCCAGAAAGGACAUACUACUUACACAAAUCAACAACCCAUUCCUCAUAUGUUUCCUGUUUCAGUUAAAACUCAGCUUGGGCGCUGCUUCCAGGAGACUAUUGGGACACAG